AUGGCAGCGUCGCGGGGUCGUGCCAGACGUGAACCGUGCCGAAGGGUCCCCCAGCCCAUACACCUGUUACACACCCCACAAGAAUCCACACGACCUCCGCAUAGCUUGGCUCAACAGGUGACGGAGGAGUCGCCUCAUAGCUUGUGCUUCACCAGCGUGGCCGAAGAGAGUCAGAUGGUGAGUUUCAACUUCCACGUGGAUGAGCACGGCGAUGGCACGGGGGAGCUGGUUGGCAAGCUGCAUGCAAAAGCCAACGACAUUCUGGACCAACAGCGGUAUGCAAUUACUCGCGAGGCGGUCCAUCGGGAGACGGCGGAGUCGACCAACGCCCGAGUGAUGUGGUGGACCUUUGCGGAGGUGGACGCUUGGCCGCGAGGUGGGUUCUGA